AACGAAUCUCAACAAAUGCCCUUGUUCAUCUGUAUCGCACUGAAAAAUUAAACAAAAAUAAAAACCAAAAUGACAUGGAACCCUAAUAAUGUUCAUUAACACGCGUAAAGAACUCAACACACACAUCUGUAAAAUAAGGCAAACAUGGGUACAGCUUGACACAUUGCCAUAAAAGUUAUCAUCACAUUUUACAACACUGGAUCGAGGUGAGGCAAAAGCGCAGCCAAGUUUGCUUUACCAAGUUCCUUUUCAAACUUAAUUUUGUGUGUUUGUGAUGUCCAGGAAUUUUAGCAUGCGAGCUAAAGUGUUUAUAAAACCAUUGGUGCUGUUCCAAAUUAUUGACGCCUACGAGCGCCGACCAAAAGGUGACAAUCAGGUUAUGGGUACUUUGCUGGGACGCAACAAGGAGGGCCAAAUCGAGAUUUCCAACUGUUUUCCUGUUCCGCACAAGGAGCACCCGGAGAUUAACCGCAUUGAUCUGGAUAUCUCAUAUGCCUCCGAGUUCCUAGAGCUAAAUAUGCUGACCUAUUCGAACGAGCGUGUGCUGGGAUGGUUCUCCACAGGGAAAUCGGUGUCUCGCUCCGCGUCCCUGCUCCACGACUAUUAUGCCAGAGAAUGCGGCGAAAUACAGCCAGUGCACCUGGUAAUGGAUGCAACCCUGAAGAGCCAGCGACUUUCGACCCGUCUGUACUGUGCCGUGGAGAUCGGAGUGCCUGGAGGCACCAAAGGGCUGAUGUUCUCAUUAGUUCCACUCGAGAUUAGCAACGGAAAUUCCGAUCUGGUGGCUCUGCGUUCCCUAGAAAAGCAAUCGCUGCAACAGGGAACCAAGCAAAUGGAGCGUUUCCUCCCAGAGUUGGUGCAAGUGGUAGAUGCCACUAGGGACAUACAACAGCGUCUGGACUUAGUGCUGCGCUACAUCAACGAUGUCUUGGCCAGGAAGAGAAAGCCGGACAACGUCAUCGGCAGAGCCCUUCAUGCCGCUCUUACCGCUGUACCGUUGUUGGACUCGGAAAAAUUUCGUCUCAUGUUCAAUAACAACUUGCGGGAUAUGCUCAUGGCCAUCACGCUCUCUACGAUGAUAAAGACCCAGCUGGAGAUCAGUGAGAAACUUUCUUGCAUGCAGGAUCAGUAAUCAAUGAUACAAAAUUUACUUGAUCGACCAAUAAUCUGUAUUACGGAGAAAUCCCAUGGUCCACUUAUAUGUUUUUUCAGGUGGCUUCCACUUAUUAAAUAUGCUUUCAUUGAAA